GUCUUUGUCGCUGUUUCGUUAAAGAAUGUCCGUGCGCUGCGCUGUGGUGCUGUCUUAUUUAUUUAUAAAAACGAGCCCACAGUGAAGCCAAUUAAUUAGUUUAAGCAUAAAGUGAAUAUUGCAACAGCAACAGGACAUGGAUAUACUGGACAUUGAUGAAGCACUAAAGGAUGAUUCAUACAUAUUUCUGGCUGAUAAAACCCACGAUGAUAUCUCAAACAUACUACAGCAGUGGAAAACAAAUAAUCAACUGCAGCCGCAGUCGCAGUUGCAACAAUUGCAGCCGCAUUUGCACUACAACAACCAUGAGCAAGCCUACAAACACAAUUCGAAGACGUUUACGAGACCCAAGCGUAGAUCACAAGCGGCCACAAAUCUGGAGACACAAUUUUUGCAAACACAAAAUGGCAGCACGGCGACAGGACAUGGAGGAGCAGGGAUGCUUAGCUUGGAAAUUGGAGGACUUGUUACCACGAUGCACAAGUCCUUUCUACAGGACACGUCGCCGCCGUCAUCCAUCUGCUCGUCCAUGAACAACGAGCACAUGAACAAUUCGCUCAUCACAUCCGCUGACUUUACAAAUCUCAACUUUCUGCAGUCGACCAACAGUUUGGAUCCCACGGAGGCGUCAGGUCACAUGGACCUCAAUCUGACAAGGCCAACAGCGACAACAACAUCGUCGGAGAAUGAUGCGUAUACGCUAAGUGAUAUGAUCAGAGAUCGCAAGGCGUUGGAGUCGCUUACCAUGUCCGGGGACGGCACUUUGAUCAAGGACUCGCACAUUGGCCAGAUCGAUGACAUAUCGCUGACAACGCUGAGCAAAACCGCCUCCGGUUGCAGUACCAUGGACAACAGCACUGACAGCGUCUCCACGCCAAUUGAGUUGCAGUCGCAAUCACAAUCCCAACCACAGGUGCAAUCCCAGAAUCUCACUCAGAUCCAGAGGCAGUUGCGCACGACAAUGCUGUUGAGUGAGGAAAUGAUUGGAGAUACGACAUUCAGUCUGGUGGACAGCUUGACAACGCCCACAGCAACCGAAUCUUUGGGCGAAAUGGAGGCAAAUGCAACAUUUAAAAGGCCACAGGCUCCGCUUCUAAAUGAAACGUUGCUCCUGGCGGGACGGCAGGUGAACACCACCUAUACCGAGGGCUGUGUUACGCCGGAGGCAUCACGUUGCGAGACACCCGAGAAUAUUGACAAGACAUUGUCCACAUUGCAGAUGGAAUCGACGCCUCUAACGACAACAACUUCCCGAUUUCAGCACUACAAAAACAAUAACAACAACAACAAUAAUAAUAAUAACAACCACAACAAUAAUAAUAAUAAACAAUUAAGCUAUACGCCCACAUUAAAGGGGCGUGGCGAAAUCAAUAACAUAUCGCCCAUCGUGAGCAACACAACACCACUGAGAAUCCGGCAACAGCAGUUGAACCACACGUAUGAACCACCCAAGGAUCUGCAAGUGGAUGGUCCAAAGAUUGUAAUUGAUUCCAUGGAUAUGCUGGAACACAUAGAACAGCCUGUGCUGGAUGCCACCUAUGACAUGUCCGAGGAUCAAAAGCAAAUGCAAUGCAUUCUCGAUUUGGCCGAGGCGGAGGUGGAGAUGCUGGCCCAGCAGGGCGAUGAGGAACAGUUUGAGCACAUGCUCGCCAAGCUGGGCAAAAUGAAUUCACUGAAUGCGGAGCAGAUUAAAAUGCAGAAAUCCUUGGAUAGCAUCAAGCGACGAUUCAACAAGGAUGAGGACAGGGAACAGCACAGCGAACAGCAACAACAACUGGAGGAAGUGCAUCAUGUGACGCCACCGUCAAUGAAUCAGACGCAUCUACUGAGUAGUCACAGUCCAAGCCAGUCCAGCGGCAGCGGAGAACGUUUGCUCAAUCGUCGUAGUCGCCUCUAUGAUGAUGUCAAUCUGAGCGCCAUGCAUGACUGCAAUGUCAGUGGAGGUAGCUGCAAUUCGGCAUCGUUUAUUGUGCAUCGAAAGGAGGAGGAGCCAGCCAAUACAUCGGAGGCCUGUUCACCGCUCCAGGAGUCGGAGGAGCCAGUGGAACAGGAUGAGCAGCCGAUGGGAGGAGCGGUUGAGACUGAAGCGUCUAGCUAUAAGCUGGCCGAGCGUCGGGAGCGAGAUCGUGAGCGAUUCAAGACCAUUAAGAUCACCAAGGAAAUGCGAGCACGCGACGAGCAGCUGGACAACAUUGUAGUGCCUUGUAUAGAUGAUGAAGAGACUGUGGAACCGUCGGAGUUCGUGGAACGUCAGCAAUCGCCGCCCGGACGUCUUUCGCGUCGCGAUCAAUCGACUUACAACUACAACCACGAUGCAGAGGACAAUUCCAGUGCCAGCAACAACUAUUUGACCUACAAGAAGCCCAAGGAGAAGUCGCUGCUCAUGCGUCAGCGACAACAGCCACAGCAGGAGGUGCCAGAGCUGCCGGCAAACGAUUCAUCCAGUGGGACAGCACGUUCACUCUCCCGGCCACGUUAUAUAAGCGGUCUGCAAAAGUUUACCACUGUCAGCAAGGCAACAUCCGCAGGAGCUGGCCUUAAUGCCACCACGACGGCAACAGCAGGAGCAAUGCCAAUGGCAACAGCUACUGGAACAACAUCAUCUGGCGUUGGGGAACUCAAGAGUCCCAUGGGCAUCAAAUCCAAGUCGUUCCAUAAUUUGUCCUCCAACAUUAGCGGUAUUGGCGGUCAUGGAGCUGCGGCUCUGGCACCACGACCCAGUUUGGGCGGCGGCUUGAGACGACCCAGCGCCCAGAGCAGCAAACUGAUGACUGGCCUACGGGCAAUGCAACAGCAGGAGAAGGAUGACACAACAGUAUUUAAGGUGCCCAAAUUGGUCAGCGGACUGCGUGCUCCGACGACGGCGGGUGUGAAGCGAGCUGCGGGCAAUGGACUUGCACGUCCCUCCUCCGGUUAUUAUAGCCUGAGCAUGAAACAAGCGGGAGAGGCUGAAACACCCGAGAGCCUCUCUUCGGCAUCCUCACGUGGCAGUCUGUAUGGCAAGGACACGAAGCUGAAUCACACAUUCGACACGCAGGUGCUCAGCUCGAAGCUGACACAGGUGACCACCGGAGCAACAGGAAUACCGAAGCCAUCGGGACUGCGGCAGCCGACGCAAAUGAAGCGCAGCGGAUUGCCGCGACCAUCCAGCAUUGUGAGGCGUUGACCACAACCAAAUGACAUUUAAAUUAAGAAAGAAGUUAAUAUACGCCCGCCCGCCCACAGAAACCACAAUAGACCAUUCAAAGUUAAUUUAAAACAUAUUAUUGUACAUUUAAAACAUAAAAUUCUCAUUUUCUUUUGUGUUCUGUGCUCUCUCGUUUGUGUAGACUCUUAGAUUUAUUGCCGCUCUGUCUGUUGAUUUAGACAAUAGCAUUUAUGUUAAACAUUAACGACUUUUGCAUUUAGUUUAAACACACAACCUUACAAACAAAACACACUUUGCCUUAAACAAAAAAAGAAAAAAAAACCACAACUCCAUGUUAAUCGCAUAAUAAUAAUAAUAUUAACAAUUUAAUAAGAAUAAUUGGUGUAUAUUUUUGUAAAACAUGCAAAGGGGAAAUCAUAGGAAAAACAAUAAUCUAUCAACGUUAUUUGUUGUGGUUUAAAAGCGAAUCGAAUAAAUAAUAAUAGUAUAUAACAAAUUAUUAUAAACAUAAGCUCUGCUCAGUGGCCAGACCACAAGAAACCAAACUAGAAAUGAUAAUACACUAUUAUGUAACUGAUAAACCUAUUAACUAUAAUAAACAAAAUGUUACAAAUCGAAAUACAAUAUUAUAUAGAACAGAACAGUAUACGACAACAAUAUUAUUUGUACUGUUCUAUUGUCUAUAAUUAACUAUAUCAAAAUUGUUGUAUUAAUUUUGCUAUAUAGUUAUUAAACGCAUCUUUCGUCUGGUGCAUUGUAUUCCUGUGCUAUAAUAAAUAGUGUCUAUCCCACAUUUGUAAUUUAGUUUUUAGUUGCCAAAAAA